AUGCUCCAGGCUGGUAAGCAGAUCCGGAGGGUGGUCUCUCAGAUCCGGCCGGACCGGCAGACGCUGCUGUGGUCGGCCACGUGGCCGCGGGAGAUUCAGCGCCUGGCCCGCGACUUCUGCCAGCAGGAGCCCGUGAAGGUGACCAUCGGCUCGGAGGAGCUGACCACGAACCCGAAGAUCAAGCAGCUCGUGCACGUCGUGGACGAGGGAGAGAAGCGGAAGGUCUUCCUGCAGUUUGUGCAGAAGGUAGCCCGAGGAGGGGAAAGGGUCCUCGUGUUCUGCGCCAAGAAGCGUGAUUGCGACUCGCUCGCCCGUGAUCUUCAAGCGGACUUCAGAGCUGAAUCCAUCCAUGGUGGCAAGGAGCAGGAUCGGCGAGACCGGAUCUUGGCAGAUUUCAAGUCCGGGAGGACUACCAUCCUCGUGGCAACGGACGUCGCACAGCGCGGGCUUGACGUCAAGGAGCUCAAUUACGUCGUGAACUACGACAUUCCCAAAAACCUCGAGGACUACAUCCAUCGGAUUGGUCGCACGGCGCGGGCAGGGGCCACCGGCACCGCGCUCACCCUGUUCCCCCAGUCGUACGCGCCCGACGUGGUCCGCCUGGCCUACGGGAUCUGGCAGGCCAUGCAGAAGGCGGGGCAACAGCCGCCGCCCGCCCUGCGGGAGCUGGCGGCGGCCGGCCGGCGCUGA